ACCUCUGCUUUACUUACAAUGAUAGAAUAAUUGUACCGUUUUGACACAGGACUGUAUUGCGAACAGUAGCGAAAUUUUAAAAUAAGUCAAGCCACAUUCAACUGUCAAUGCGCCAAAAUUUGAAACUAAUUUGGGAUAGUACGCACUACCCAGGCACAGUGCCUGAUAUUUUGCGAAUUCUGAACUUGUAUACUUCUCUAGUUAAACUCAGCUACAAUAAUUACAUGCUGUGAGUACAUGAUUGGUAUACAGAAGUGGCUAGAUUGGUAUAAGAUAGCAGUGGCUGAAAUUGUAAACGAAGUUUUAAGAUUUCUUGAUCAAAACUAAAUAUUGUGUAAUGGCAUAUUUGGGGAAAAAGGCAUGCCUAAAAAUCUUCAUCUAUAAAAAUGGAAAGAAUUUCCAAAACGGUGCGAAUCUGAGCAAUUUUACAAAAUUCAUACUUUGCCAAAUGAAAAUGUGUCGAAACGAAGAAGGGGACAGUAAAUCUGCGAGGAACUGAGAACGCAAGUUCCUGCGUAUUUCGUGGCAAUUCGUUAAAGUGGCCGGAAAUGUGAAAACGCAUCACCGUUUGUGAUGGCGCGAUUAAAUAAAUUUAUUUAUUUUAAAGAAACACUAAUAAAAUAUUAAUACAAUGUAAAGAGUUUAGGCUCGUUUGUAGCAUCACGUCAAGUAAUUAGUUAUCUGAACGGAGAUAACCUAAAACGCACGUAGUUGCAACUCUGUGGCGUGAUCUUUGACCUUUUGUGUUAUUACAUGUGAAUUUGUUAAAUCAGCCUUACAAAAAAUCAGAAUGAAUAAUAUUUUGCGUAUCUUGGAAGAAAAAACACGAAGUAUCUUGGCUACAUGUAAUGUCAAGCCAAGGCCACACGCAGGGCCAGGAGUAUGGCUCAUUUUCCUGCUUCCUGGGAUAAUGAUUGUUAAUUGUUUCAAAUAUUCUCAUGUCUCAGAAAUAUUCAAUUUGGCCAGUGAUUUAAGUUCAGGGCUGUUCAUAGCAAGUGUUGUAAUAGUUUUAGCAAUUUAUUCAUCAAAUCCAAAAGAAAAUCACAAUUUUAACUCUGGCAUGAUAUUUCCUUUUGUGUUCACCAGUUGUCGUUUGUACUUUGUACAUGACAGAGGCUUGGCAUUCAGCAUGGGGUGUGGAGUUUUAACUUCUUAUACAUUUAGUUCAGGUCUCAUGUUUUCAAUGAAAUCUUUUCCUUUUUGCUUUACAUUUGGAGAAGCAACAAUUUUGACACAGGCGGUAAUUCUUUUCUUAUUCUCCAGUACUGAAAACAUACGCAAUACAUAUUAUAAAGCACCAGAACAAGAUACAGAAAUUGCUACAUUAAUUCUGCAGGUGGGACUUUUAGGUGUAUUUGCAAUAUGUGCUACUUUAUACUUCAUACCAGCUUCUCGUUCAGCUGGUCCAUUUUAUGGAGUUGUUUUUGGAAUUCUGUUCCUGAUUGUGAUACCAUCUUUGCAUUUUUUGCUUGGACGCAGCCCUGUACUGUGGAUUAUAUUUCUCAUAUGGAAUGAUAAUUUGAAAACUGUGUGGUUGGUUGGGUACUGGAUGCUGUGUGUUUGUGCAGCAACAAUUGCUGUAGCUUAUCAAAUUCAAAAGGGUCAACAAGCUUCUACUUCUGUUCGAAAGUAUUUUCAUAUUUUGGCUGUAGCAGUAUAUUUUCCUGGAUUGGUGACUGCUUGUUGUUUACUCUACUUGGCCACUGCUGUGGUGUUAGCUUUGUUUGUUGUUCUGGAGUUGGUGAGAUUACUUAACAUUCCACCUCUUGGUAACAGUUUGCAAGAAGGAUUUGCUGUGUAUGCAGAUGAGAAAGAUGCUGGAAACCUAGCUCUGACACCCAUUUACCUCCUAACUGGUUGUUCAUUACCAUUAUGGCUCCAUCCAGUUGCGUGCUCAAGUCCAAGCACCAUCAUAUCCUUGAGCAGUGGUUUAUUAUCAGUAGGAGUUGGAGAUACACUUGCCAGCAGUAUAGGCAGUCGCUUUGGUCGCCACAAAUGGCCAGGCUCUAAUAAGUCAAUUGAAGGUACAAUAGCAUGUGUGGUUGGACAGAUGUUGGCUAUUAUAGUUUUAUACCUUUCAGGUGUAAUACAACUCUCUAGUUGGGUAUCAGUGACCAUUCCUGUAAGCGUUAUUCUGACAUCAGUCAUAGAAGCCAAGACUGAUCAAGUAGAUAAUCUUGUGCUUCCACUUGUAAACUUUCUAGUCAUUUGAUUAUUAAACUUUUUGAAAGUAUUUUUGCAUUCUGAUUUUUUAUUUAUAAAAGGGAAUCUCUCCCAUUUCAUUAUGUAUGUAUGAAUAUUUAUAGUGCAAAUGACCCGGCAAAUAUACCAGCUCAAGCUAAUAAAAAUGAACCACAAAACUAGAGACCUUGUAAAAUAGUUUUAAUGGAAUUGGGUAAAUGUGUAUUGUAAAAUGCAAACAAGAAGUAUGUAAGAGAAAAGAAUAUGAAGUUGAGAGUCCCCCUGCUGGACCAAGCAUUUUUUUUUUCAUUUAACUGAAAGAAAAACAUCCCAGUUGGCUCUGUAAAUUCAGUUGUAAUUGCUAAGUUUUGUUUCCUUUUUUGUAGUCCUAUAAUUGAAAGAAAAAAAACAAGAUUCUAUUAAUUUCUGAAAAUUAUUAACGUGUUGUGUAUAAUUUUCAGGGAAAAUACACUCUUGACAGGUGCCAAUUUUAUUUUGUAUAUUUUCUUAGGUAAAUAAUUGUCUGUACAGUUAAAUAAUAAAAUUUACUUAUCACAAACAUUACUAAUAUUCAAAAUCAGAUCCUUUUGUACUAAACAUAACAGGUUAAAUUUGAUAUGAUCAAUAGCCAAUUUAAGGUAACCACUAGUAGAGUAAGGUGGCAACAUAUCUUUAUGAUAAAUGUAUCUAUUUUAUGUUACAAAUACUUUACAUUACACGAACUUUCUAUCGUACAAACCAUGAAGACUAAGCAUAAAAUAGAACACCUUUAAUUGUUAAAAUAGGCUAAUUCAUAGGCUAAACAGGCUGGUAAUUUUUUUUUUUGAAUGCCUAAAUUUGCCCUGCAAGCAAAGUGAAGAUUGACACUGCACGAAGAACACAUCAAUCCAAAUAAUACAAAAUGUAAAUGAAUUACACAUCAUAUUUAGCACCAUGAUUGUAAGAGAUGUGAAUAUCUAUCUUGCAGCUCAUGAACCCGUAAUGUGCCACCUCCAAUCUUCAUGGUAAUAUCAAAAAAAUGUUUUUUGAAGCCUACAUUCUUGAUUUGCAGUGCAAAUUCCUUUUGCAUUCAUAAGGAGUUUUUAGUUGAUAGCACAUUUUUUUCUGGCUUCUAUUUGAUACAUGCAUAAAUAAAGAGAGAACCACAAACUUUUAAUAUUUUUUAAAUGGUUCUUUUGACCUCUUAUUCAGCAUAUAGAAUUCAAAUAUCAAUUUUGCUGAGAUAAAACUCUGAAUUGGUUAAUAUUAGCCCAGCACAGCAAAUCGUUGCAUCAAUUGUUUUAUUUCACAAAUUGCUUGAUGUAUAUGCAUUACACUCAUUGUAUCGCAGUAACCCCUGCAACUGUAAUGUCCCAAUUAGAUUAGCUGAGAUACUAAUGGUUUUGAUUUAGUCCAAUACUGUAUUCUAUUUUAACUUAUAUAUUCUGCACAUUCUUAUAAAGCUCUGGUGUACUGGGGAUUCCACAGCUGGUAUUAUACUAUAUAUAUAAAACUGCAAUAGUUCUCCCCACAUCCCUUUCUACGUUGUGGUUUUUGAGGAAAAUAUUAUUGGACAAAACACCUUUGUAUAUGUAUUUAGACCUUAAAAGUACUAUCUAGGUAAAAAAUAUGAAUCAUUAAAUAUAAAAUCCAUUAUUCUUCCAAUCCUAGGAGUAAGGACAGAACUUAAAUUAUUACAGUGCCAUUCACACAUGCACAAAUUUCAUUUCAAGAUUUAGACAAGAAUUUGUUUAGUUAAUUUUAAAUUGCAAUAAUCAGGGGAGACGAGCAAGAGAAAAAAAUUAUAUCUCCAAUUGUUGCUCUUUGUUGUUGUAUUAUAAUUUUUUCAAAAAUAUCAACUGAUCAACUUUGUUUUACUAGUAAACAGUUGCCCAUUCCUGGUUUCCAUCUCAAAAUUAUGCCUGCAACUUUUGACAUUUAAAAAAGUCUUGAAUGCAUAUAGUUAGUUUUGAAGGUAUAUGCCAAUGUUUGUUGUAUUGUUAAUAAUAUUACUUUAGUUCUGUGGUACUAAGGCACAACCUAAUAUGUUAAAAAGUAGACGUUUUUAAAAAUUAUUGAUUAUUCAGUGAUAAUUUGCAGUGCCCUAUCAGAAAGGAAGUGGGUAUUUAGUUGUGAAACACUUUAAUGGCUUUGUCACAUUAUAGUAAAUAAAAUCUCAAUUUCACAACCCUCUUCAAGUAUCUCCUGAAAAAUCCAGUUUUCUAGCUUUUCACCGCAUUUAUCUGAAUAUAAGACUAUUUUUUCUUAAUAUCUCAGUCAAAAAAUGCGGGUUCGUCAUAUAUUCACAGAUCACACCUAGUCAAUUGAAGUAUAAGUUCUCAUAACACCAGUCCUUGUCACGAUACUCAAUGUUGACUUAACAAUAAACUGCGAAGACAGCAAAAACAUCAUGCAUAUUUACAAUACGAAAUUAUAUUCGAGUUCAUGUUCUCGGCAUCCACCGCGAAUUUACCAGGCAAUUGAGACAGAUAUUUUUGAAGGAGCCAAUUAAGAGAAAAUUUCAAAACGAAUGGCAUUGUAUCAAAUGAAACAUAAUGUGAAAAUGAGGCUGCGCGGAACUCAGUUCGAUGACCAAAGAAAGCGAAUCUGCAUUUUGAACAGAAACAGAAACCAUCAAAACGAGCAGGAUGGAUAGAGAAUCUGUCAAUACAGAAGGAAAUGUUCUUCCGUGAUAAAGGAAUAUGAACAUCUUAAUUUUAUUUCAUAAGAAAAUUAUAGUUCAUAAGUCUUAGCAUCCUCAGCAAUAAGGCAAUUUUCUCAAUAAGAAAAUUUGUAAUUUUAUUUUGACCAAAUAGCAAGAAUUAGUAAAAAAAUUAAAAAAUCCUCAUGAGGCCUCUUCAAAAUUAGGGGGAUGUCUUACAUUACGGUCAAAUUUUGCAUUUUUGCU